CGUCAACUUCCGGGCGGGUGCCCGCCAGCACGGCCUCCGCCGCUCCCCUCCCUUUGGCCCCUUUGUGUCCCCGCCGUGUGGAGGCACGGGCCCUGGCAGGUCCUUUCUCGAGGCAGGGGGCACCGUAGCGCAGGGAGCAUCUCUCAGUGGGCGGGCUCGCGGCCCGCCCGGGGGUUGGAUUGGGGAACGUGUCUGCGCGUGCUGGGUUAGUUUAUUUAAAGCCCCCUGCCCCCUAGGGUGGUGGUUUCUACCAAUAUGAAUCUUUUCAACCUGGAUCGUUUUCGCUUUGAGAAAAGGAAUAAGAUUGAGGAAGCACCUGAAGCAACCCCUCAACCCUCCCAGCCUGGCCCUUCUUCACCAAUUACUCUUAGUGCUGAAGAGGAGAAUGCUGAAGGGGAAGUUAGCAGGGCAAACACCCCUGAUUCAGAUAUAACUGAAAAAACAGAGGACUCAAGUGUUCCAGAACCUCCAGAUAAUGAACGAAAAACAAGUAUAUCCUAUUUCGAGAAUCAAAAAGGAAUACAGUAUAUUGAUUUGUCUUCUGAUAGUGAAGAUGUCGUUUCCCCAAAUUGCUCCAGUACAGUUCAAGAGAAGAAAUUCAACAAAGACACAGUAAUUAUAGUUUCUGAGCCAUCUGAAGAUGAAGAGUCCCAAGGCUUUCCUUCCAUGGCACAUAGAAAUAAUGAUAUUUCAGAAUUGGAUGACCUUUCUGAAUUGGAAGACCUUAAAGAUGCUAAACUUCAGACCUUGAAGGAACUUUUUCCACAAAGAAGUGACAAUGAUUUACUUAAGUUGAUUGAAUCAACAAGCACUAUGGAUGGAGCAAUUGCUGCUGCUUUGCUGAUGUUUGGUGACGCAGGUGGUGGGCCCAGAAAACGAAAAUUGUCUUCGUCUUCAGAGCCAUAUGAAGAAGAUGAAUUUAACGAUGAUCAAUCUUUAAAAAAGACAAGACUGGAUCAUGGAGAAGAAUCAAAUGAGUCUGCAGAAUCUAGCAGUAAUUGGGAAAAGCAAGAAAGUAUUGUAUUGAAAUUGCAAAAGGAAUUUCCCCAUUUUGAUAAGCAGGAGCUAAGAGAAGUGCUGAAAGAACAUGAAUGGAUGUACACGGAAGCUUUAGAAUCUCUAAAAGUCUUUGCAGCAGAUCAAGAUAUGCAGUAUGCUUCACAAAGCGAGGUUCCCAAUGGAAAAGAAGUUUCUUCGAGGAGUCAAAAUUAUCCUAAAAAUGCCACUAAAACAAAACUGAAACAGAAACUUUCCAUGAAAACACAAAAUGGUUUUAAUAAGAAACGUAAAAAAAAUGUAUUUAACCCAAAAAGAGUCAUCGAAGACUCUGAGUAUGACUCAGGCUCUGAUGUCGGUAGCUCGCUGGACGAGGACUACAGUAGUGGCGAAGAGGUGAUGGAGGAUGGCUACAAAGGCAAAAUCCUUCACUUCCUUCAAGAUGCCUCGAUUGGUGAACUGACACUGAUUCCUCAGUGCUCUCAGAAAAAGGCUCAGAAGAUAACAGAGCUCCGGCCCUUUAAUAGUUGGGAAGCUCUGUUCACAAAGAUGUCCAAAACAAAUGGCUUAUCAGAAGAUUUGAUAUGGCACUGUAAAACACUGAUCCAAGAAAGAGAUGUGGUUAUAAGGCUUAUGAACAAAUGUGAGGACAUUUCCAAUAAACUGACCAAACAGGUCACCAUGCUCACUGGGAAUGGAGGUGGAUGGAACAUAGAACAGCCGUCCAUUCUAAAUCAGAGUCUGUCACUCAAGCCCUAUCAGAAGGUUGGUUUGAACUGGCUGGCGCUGGUACAUAAACAUGGACUGAACGGCAUUUUGGCAGAUGAAAUGGGUCUUGGAAAAACUAUUCAAGCCAUUGCAUUCCUGGCAUACCUUUAUCAGGAGGGCAAUAAAGGUCCUCACUUGAUUGUUGUUCCGGCCUCAACAAUAGAUAACUGGUUAAGGGAAGUUAAUUUAUGGUGCCCCACUUUAAAUGUGCUCUGUUACUAUGGUUCUCAAGAAGAACGGAAACAAAUUAGAUUUAACAUUCAUAGUAAAUACGAGGACUACAAUGUAAUUGUGACCACAUACAACUGUGCGAUCAGCAGUUCUGAUGACCGCAGUCUGUUCCGACGGCUGAAGCUUAAUUACGCCAUCUUCGACGAGGGCCACAUGCUGAAGAACAUGGGCUCCAUCCGCUACCAGCACCUCAUGACGAUUAACGCAAAUAACCGUUUGCUGCUCACAGGCACCCCUGUACAGAACAAUCUGUUAGAACUCAUGUCCCUGCUGAAUUUCGUCAUGCCACACAUGUUCAGCAGCAGCACCAGUGAAAUACGGAGAAUGUUCUCUUCGAAGACAAAAUCAGCAGAUGAACAAAGCAUAUAUGAGAAGGAGAGGAUAGCACAUGCCAAACAAAUCAUAAAGCCGUUUAUUCUCAGAAGAGUGAAAGAAGAGGUUCUCAAGCAGCUGCCUCCCAAGAAAGAUAGAAUUGAGUUGUGUGCGAUGUCCGAGAAGCAGGAACAGCUCUAUUUGGAUCUUUUCAACAGAUUGAAAAAAUCGAUUAAUAACUUGGAAAAAAACACAGAAAUGUGUAAUGUUAUGAUGCAGUUGAGAAAAAUGGCCAAUCAUCCUUUACUACAUCGCCAGUAUUACACUGCUGAAAAACUCAAGGAAAUGUCUCAGCUUAUGCUCAAAGAACCUACACAUUGUGAAGCUAACCCUGACUUGAUCUUUGAAGAUAUGGAAGUUAUGACAGACUUCGAACUACAUGUACUUUGUAAACAGUAUCGACACAUUAACAGCUUCCAGUUAGACAUGGACUUGAUUUUAGAUUCUGGAAAAUUCCGAGCUUUAGGACGUAUCUUGUCUGAAUUGAAACAGAAGGGCGAUAGAGUUGUGUUAUUUAGCCAGUUUACCAUGAUGCUGGAUAUUUUAGAGGUUCUCCUAAAGCAUCAGCAGCACAGGUACAUCAGAUUAGACGGGAAGACUCAGAUUUCGGAAAGGAUUCAUCUGAUUGACGAGUUUAAUACCGAUAUGGAUAUCUUUGUGUUUUUGCUGUCAACGAAAGCUGGUGGAUUAGGAAUAAAUCUGACUUCUGCAAAUGUUGUUAUACUUCAUGAUAUUGAUUGUAAUCCUUACAAUGACAAACAAGCAGAAGACAGAUGCCAUCGAGUAGGCCAGACUAAAGAAGUACUAGUUAUAAAAUUAAUAAGCCAAGGGACAAUUGAAGAAUCCAUGCUAAAAAUUAACCAACAGAAAUUGAAGCUAGAGCAAGACAUGACUACAGUAGAUGAAGGCGAUGAAGGCAGCAUGCCCGCAGAUAUAGCCACUUUACUGAAAACGUCGAUGGGCCUGUGAAGGAAGAGCCGUGAAUUCCUAGCUGAGGAGGAAAUCUCAACUUGGUGCACUCAAGGACAUUUACAUUAUGAUGACCAUGGGGUUUAUGAGCAUUUGUAACUUUUUAUAAUUUCCAUAUUGCAUUUCUCAUAGUACGGACAACUUUUUUGCCACUAACUGAAUUCUCCAGAUGCUCACUCAAGAAAUUUCCAAAAAAAACAAAAAGCCACAAAUACGUAGUCCUGAAGAUGUUGAAGAAUCAUUUUACAAAGCAGUUUUCUGAAUGGGGAUUAGUUGGUGAUUGUUUGUAACAAAUAUGCUAAUGCUUUAGAAAUGUCAGUAUUUUUGUAAUUAUUUCUACCUCCAAAUAUAUAUAUAUUGUCUUUCACUGGAUAAUGUGUGUAGAUUUUUACAUGUGCCUUAUUUGACAAUGCUUACGUCUUGUUUUGGCUUGUCUCAUUUGAAGGUCUUUUUAUUAUGUUAGUUUCAAGAUGCAGCUGUAUAGAGUAUAUAGCUUUGAUUUUAUUGCUAUUUGAAGCAGAUGUUCACCAAUGUCAACAACAACUCAACCUGAACUUUAAGGUGGCAUUUCAUGUUCUGACACCCCCCAGGUCUUCUCAAUACUUCUGUUAAGACGAAUUACUUUGGCUCAGCACUAAGUUGUUUUCCAGUGACUAGUAACUCCAGCAGCCCUCCCCCACCCCCACGCUUCCACGGAUUAAUUCCCUCUCUUCAUUUCCCGGGGCACUGGUUGUGCUUCUUCUUCUGUCUGUCCUUGUGCAUGUUUUGUUGGUUUCCCACACCUGGCUUUUGCUUCUCUUGACACUGUUGCCCGGUCACUUCUCCAGCUGUCCUCCUCUCUGAGCAGUAGUUCCUGCCGCCUCUCCAUGCGAAGUGUGGGUGACAUUUUCCUAGCCCGGCAGUGGAGGUAACUUCAAGCGAUUUCACUUCAAAGCAGACCAGAUGUGACUUGAUAUUACGGCAGCAUUAGGUACUGCGUGGAAAUAGGUCAGUGGCUUUAAUCUCCCACCAGAAUCUCAUUUACCAGUGUCCUGGAGUCGAGGACCGCCUGGAGAGAGCCGUUGUUCACUUCCGAUUCGGUGUGGGUGAGAAAGUGAAAAAUAGAAGAAGUAAAGUUGUCUAUUUGAUAUUUAACUCUUUAUUAAAUCUUAUGUUAAAAUUUUGCCUGUCAGUCUAUAUUGCUGUUUUUUAUUAUACAUCGGUUUCUUUGUAUAACUUGUGAGUUUCAUGUGUUUUGUUUUUAUUAUGUAAAUAUCAUUAUAAAUAAACUUAUUUAUAAAUCAAAGAAUUGUUCAUUAUUGGAGCUCAAAUUUUUCAAGGCAUCCUAACUUUCCUAACUU